CGCCGCCAAUGAACAAAUACGCCGCCGACCAACCUCGACCGCCAACUUCCUUUCGAAGCAAAAGCAAAACACAAACGCUAGUUAACUGUGCACCUGACCGCACAAUCUCGAAACGUUUUGAUCUCAGUGAGCGGCUCGUAUAAGAAUACCAACCUUUUACCAAUCAAUUUUACCUGUCGAACAAUAAUUAUUUACCAGUUACUGUCAAAGAUUCUCUGUCAGAGUAGUUUUUUUUUUGCCAUCGAUUUUUCUCUGGUGCUUAUAUUAUAGCGGAAGCUGUGGGGAAAAGAUUUCCGAAUAUAAUCUCCCAACUUGUUGGUGGAAAACUAACCGGAAAUGGAGUUCAGAUUCAAUUUGAACGAAUUGUUCCAGGAGCCUUGCGUCGAGAUCGGCAACACCCUGAUUCCUCCCGGCUUCGCCGGGGAUAAAAGGGCGCUAUGGGAUACUCAAUCAAAAGUCACCCAAAUAGUCAAUGCAAUAGGGGAAGCCUCGGCCCAUGCCCAAGGCCUUACGAAACCAAUCACCACUGCUGAUAGAUUGAGAAAUUCCGAACACAGAUUGUACCUUUUAAUUGAUCAGGCUGCUAACAAUGGAAAAGGAGCGGUGACCGGCAUGCUCAAGACCGGCGAAAAAGGGCUUUACGUGUUUGACCGAGAAGGGCAACAUUAUCAAGUAUCGCCCCCCUGCGUUUUGGACUUUUACAUACACGAAUCACGACAACGGACCGGAUUCGGUAGGAGACUUUUCGAGCACAUGUUAGAGAGAGAACAAUUGGAACCAAACAAAAUGGCAAUCGACAGACCGAGCGACAAGUUUCUUGGAUUCCUUAACAAACACUACGGCCUUAAUACUCCGGUCAAACAGAUGAAUAAUUAUGUGGUGUUUGACGGCUUCUUCCCAAAACAUGCAGGAACGCCCAAUAAAAUACCAACAGACAAAAGUAACACUCCUACAAAAAGGCAAUCGGCCAACGGCUUACAACAAUCUUUCAACUCAUCACCUUAUGGUCGUUACGCAGCCGCACAUCCGGCUUGUAGUAUGGGCCAGAUCAUCCAUAACGAUUCACCUGUAAUAAAUCGCAACCAGGAACCCACAGGAGUUAAGUCUGAGCCAGUAGUUGUUACACAAGGUGGAAUAGAUCAGUAUAACAAUGUUUAUGGUAAUCAGUUGGCCUGGCAAACAACUCAAAGUGUUCCCAAUAUGCCCUUUGUCCAAAAUCAAUACCCAUACAAUCAACAGAACGCGAUCCCGCAAAAUCCCAAUUACUAUUACAUGGCUCAAGGUGAUGCCACCAAUCAAACUUAUAAUUACUUCCCUCAAAACGAACAAAUUUCCACUCCCCAAGUUGCGCAGCAACUGCAAAGAACCAGAGAACCGUUGAUACCUCAGAGCUUCGAUGGUACCCCAAGAAAAAUGCCCCACGCGGCACAAUCGAUGCCAGCGCAAGGAGAUAGAAGACAAAUUCCUGCUCCUUUUGUGCUGCAAAACUCAAUUUCUGCUCCGAAUAAUUAUCAACAGGCAUUUGUCAACAAUGUAGUACAACAGCAAAUCCAGAGUGAAUCCAACAAUCAAAUGAUGCAGAAUCAGAAUCAGCCGACUCCUGGAGUAACCCAGCAAAGCUACAAUGAUGGUACUAAUCAAAUGAACCCUAUGAGUAACCAGAACCAUCAAGCGAAUCUAGGAGUUUCACAAAUGAUUAACCAAAACCAAUCAAAUCCACAAAUGAAUCCUAUGACUAACCCAAAUCAGGCGAAUCUAGUAGGAGGUUCACAAAUGGUUAAUCAAAACCAAUUAAAUCCACAAAUGAACCAAAUGACUAACCAAAAUCAAUCAAAUUCACAAGUGAAUCCCAUGACUAACCAAAACCAAGCGAAUCUAGUAGGGGGUUCCCAAAUGGUUCCCACAAUGAUUAACCAAAACCCAUCAAAUUCACAAUUUCCGCAAAUGAAUCCCAUGACUAACCAACACCAAACCAAUCUAGUAGGAGGUUCACAAAUGGUUUCCACUAAUCAAAACCAGUCGAAUCCAGGUGUUUCACAAAUUAAUUCAAUGGCUAAUCACAACCAAGCGAAUCUAGUAGGAGGUACACAAAUGGUCACCACAAUGAUUAACCCAAACCAAUCAAAUCCACAGAUGAAUCCCAUGACUAACCAAAACCAAGCAAAUCUAGUUGGAAGUUCACAAAUGGUUCCCACAAUGACGAAUCAAAACCAAUCGAAUCCAGGUGUUUCACAUAUGAAUCCCAUGAUUACCCAAAACCAAGCGAAUCUGGUAGGAGGUUCACAAAUGGUCCCCAUAAUGAUUAACCCAAACCAAUCAAAUCCACGAAUGAAUCCCAUGACUAACCAAAACCAAGCGAAUCUAGUAGGAGGUUCACAGAUGGUUCCUAUAAUGCCUAACCAAAACCAACCGAUUUCAAGAGACCAAAACUCUGCUGUCAUCAAUCCGAAUCAAAUAAAUCCUGCUUUAAACCAAAACCCAAGUCAAAUGAAUCAAGUCACUACUCAAGCAGAUAAUCAAAACAACAUGACCCCUUCUAUGGUUGAUCAAAAUCAAAACGGUCAACAAGUAAUGCCAAAUACUGUCCAAGCACAACAACAACCAAUAAAUAACCAAGUUGGUACUUAUCCCCAAAUGUUCAAUCAAUUUGAUAAUAGUAUCAAUAAUCAGAAAAGUCAACAACCAAGUCAGUCUAAUGCCGCACCUCAGCCUGUCCGUGAAGACGUUAGGGUUCCUUACUACCAGAAUGAAGUUGAUAUUUCAAAAGGAUACCCUCCUCAGCAGCUUCAAACCCCAGUCGCUUCCAGUGCCAGGCCGCCAAUUAUCGUUAGAGAUUAGUCCUUAAGAUAGCCUUAUCCAAAUUCUAGUCACGAAAUUUUCAAUUUUACAUCUACUGAUAGGCAUCAUUCAUAAUCCAGCACAAUUGACAACCAACGGCAGAACCCCGAGUAAAGCGGAUCGGCCCAAUUCGCUCAACAUUGAAGUAAACGACGACGAGGAAUUGUUUAAACUGAAACUGGAACCCGAAGAACAUUUGGACCAUGAUGUUGACAGUUUCGACGGGGAUGCUAUAGAUGCGAUAGAAGAAGAAAUUCGUGACGUUGAAAUUGCACCCAAAGGGAACACCCCACUAUCUACGGGCUCUAAAAGUCCUGGUAUUGAAGCUGCUGGGUAUGUUACUCCCGGAAGGAACACACCUGGUAUGAAGACUGACCAGGGAUAUUACGACUUGAAAUUUUAUCAUAACAAGUUGUGGUAAAAUACUAGAUUGGUAUAUUAUUGGAUGCUUAUUGUCUCUUGAUUUUUGACUCUAAAAGGAUCUCGUUCGCGCAACAUUCCUAUGUGACUCUGGUUUACAUUAACCUGUGAUAAACAUUGUGUCUAACAAUGACCAAUCUAGUCAAAACACACCUUGGUUCGUAACGAUCUAGUCCAGGGCACAAAACCUCUAUGUUUAUUUAAUAUUUGGGUGCAAUUUUAGCUUCUAGGAUUUUUUCUUGCUCAUUUUUAUGUGAUCGGACCACCAAAGGUUUAUAAAUAAAUGCUUGAUGAAAAGCCUUGUUGAUUUUUUUUCGUUUGGAUCCAUUAAUUAGGCAACUUUGUUAUUUUUUUGUUGAAUUUAUGUGUAAUCAAAUAAAGGUAUUAUAGCACUAA